GGACUUGGGACUGGUGUGAAAAGGGUGAGGGGUGGUGCUAUGUUUUUGAAUCUUGGAGGGAGAAUCGAGGGGACCAAAGGUGCGUUGCCUGACAAGACCAGUGUUUAAUCACUCACAUCCUAUCUAUGGCCAACUUAUCUCUCUACCCUAUGUUUGCGACAUCCACUGUGAUAAGAAGCAGUGUGGCCUACAUGCCAGACCUAGAGCUCAGUUAUCAUCUAUCUGCCCAUCUGCUUAUUGUUUCGGGAAGACACAGUAUCAAUGGGAAUAUAAAAAAAGCGAUCUGCACUUCAAAGACAUGGCUGUUGCCUUCUCCCAGGAGGAGUGGGGGCUCCUUGAUGAGGCUCAGAGACUUCUGUACUGCGAUGUGAUGCUGAGAAUCUAUGGACUUGUAGCAUCCAUGGGUUUCUGGCAUGAAUCAGAAGAUCAGGAGGCCCUUUCUGAGCACAGUGUGUCUGUAGAAGGGGAGUCACAGGUCAGGGCUUCCACGACAGCUCCAGCAACCUAGAACACCCAUCCCUGAUCUGAACUUUGAGGACAUGGCCAUUGCCUUCUCCCAGGAGGAGUGGGCGCUCCUUGAUGAGGCUCAGAGACUUCUGUACUGCGAUGUGAUGCUGGAAAUCUUUGCACUUAUAACAUCUGUGGGUUGUUGGCAUAAAACAGAAGAUGAGCAGGGCCUUUCUGAGGAGAGCAUAUUUGUAGGUGGAGAGUCACAGGUCAGAGAUUCUAAGACAGCUCCAGCAACUCAGAAGACCCAUCCCUGUGAAUAUUGCUUCUCAGUCUUGACAGAUAUUUUGCACCUCACUGAGUUCCAAGCAGUAAAUGCUGAGCAGAAACCAUUCUUCAGUGAUGCAUGUGUGGGAGGCUUCUGUUCCAGAGCAAACUUUCACCAACAACAGAGGGAUUCCUAUGGAGAGGAGCCCUGGAAAGGAGACAUGGACAGGGCCUUGUUUGUGACCAGGGGCAGAUUCCAUAUAACAAAGGUGCCUUUCAACUAUAGGCAGGUUGUGGAGGUCAUCCCAGCCAUUUCUGUCCAUUUCCAGCAUGAGGCCUUUUUUAAUAGUGAUGAGUCACACAGUGGCAGUGAGAACGGGCAGUCCCUACACAGUGGAAAAAGUCAUGACGAGUGGGGUGAAUGUGAAAAAGUUGUCUGCCACAACCAUAAACUUUCUCAGUGUCAGAAAGUCUGUUCUGGAGAAGGGCUUUGUGAGUGUAUCAGAUGUGGGAAGGCAUUUAGACAAAAGUCAACCCUCAUUCAACAUAGGAGAGAUCACACUAGAGAAAGGCCUUUUGAGUGUAGUGAUUGUGGGAAGUCCUUCAGGCAAAGCUCUGGCCUCAUUCAACACCAGAUCAUUCACACCGGAGAGAAGCCCUAUGCGUGUAGUGAUUGUGGAAAGUCCUUCAGCCGAAGCUCUUUCCUUAUUCGACACCAGAGAAUUCACACUGGAGAGAAGCCGUAUGAGUGUACAUAUUGUGGAAAAUUCUUCAGAGAAAGCUCUAAACUCAUUUUACACCACAGAGGUCACACUGACGAAAGGCCUUAUGAAUGUAGUAAGUGUGGGAAAUCUUUUAGGCGCAAAGAUCACCUCCGUACACAUGAGAGAUUUCACACUGGAGAAAAGCCUUAUGAGUGCUGCGAAUGUGGGAAAACCUUUAGACGAAACUAUAACCUCCUUCAACAUAAGAAAAUUCACACUGGAAAAAAACCAUAUGAAUGUCAUGAUUGUGGGAAGUCUUUCAUCCAAAACUCUACCCUCACUGAACACCAGAGAUGUCACACUGGAGAAAAGCCCUAUGAGUGCAGCGAUUGUGGGAAAAGCUUUGGACAACGCUGGAUUCUUUUUCAACACCGUCACGUUCAUUCUGGAAAAAAUCCUUUUGAGUGUCCUGAAUGUGGGAAAUCUUUUAACCGUAAAUAUCAGCUUAUUAGACACAGGACAGUUCACACUGGAGAAAAGCUGUAUGAGUGUAAUGAUUGUGGAAAGUCCUUCACAUGUAGCUCUAAGCUCAUUGAACACCACAGAUGUCACACUGGUGAAAGGCCUUAUGAGUGUAGUAAAUGUGGGAAAUCUUUUAGGGUCAAAUAUUACCUCCUUAACCACGAGAGAGUUCACACUGGCGAAAAGCCUUAUGAGUGUAGCGAAUGUGGAAAGACCUUUGGACGAAAGUAUAACCUCCUUCAACAUAUGAAAGUUCACACUGGAGAAAAACCAUAUGAGUGUUAUGAUUGUGGGAAGUCCUUCGGCCAUAAAUGUAGCCUCACUGUACACCAGAGAGGUCACACUGGAGAAAAGCCAUAUGAGUGCACUGUUUGUGGGAAAUGCUUUAGAAAACGCAGCAGUCUUAGUCAACACCAUCAAUUUCAUUCUGGAAAAAAACCUUUUGAGUGUGGUGAAUGUGGGAAAUCUUUUAACCUUAAAUCUCAACUUAUUAGACACAAAAUCAUUCACACUGUAGAAAGCUCUAUGAGUGUGAUUGUGGCGGAAAGUUCUUAAGCCAUGGUUCUGCCCUCAUUUCUGCACAAGAGAGGUCACAUGAGAAGAGCUGAAUUAGUGUCCUGAUUGUCAGAAGACUUGGAGGCAAAGCUCUAAGCUAAUUGAACACCACAGAGGUCACACUGGAGAAAGGCCUUAUGAGUUUAUUGAAUGUGGGGAUUUUUUUUAGACAUGCUCUAGCCUUUUGCAACACCACAGGGUUCACACUGGAUAAAUGCCUUAUGAGAGAAAUGAAUGUGGGAAAAACUGGAAAAUUUAAAUUAUUUGAGAAUGGGAG